AUGGCUCUCGACAAGCAAAAGGCCCUGCUCUUCGGCAUCGCCGCAGCUCUGCGCCUGUUUCUCUUCGUCGCCUUCCCCUCGCUCCCCAACUUGCUCACCGAUCGUGUCGAGAUCUCCACUCCCGUCACCAGCUUCAAGCGCCUGCAGGAGGGUCUCUUUCUUUACAAGCACAAUGUGUCCCCCUACGACGGCGGCGUCUUCCAUCAGGCUCCGCUCCUGCUCCCGCUAUUCUCGCUGCUGCCUGACAUCUACGUCUUUCCGCUAGCCACCAAUCUGGUAUACAUUGCCGUGGACUUGCUCAGUGCCAAUGCCCUGAUGCGCAUUGCCGAGACGGGAGAGAAUGUGUCGUCGCGCCUCUUCACGUCGCCGCGGAAGGGCCUCCACUGGGGUGGCUUGGCGGUUGCCGCCGGCUACCUGUUCAAUCCUUUCAUCAUGGCGACCAUGCUUGGCCGCCCGACGUCGGCCAUCACGUCGCUGCUCCUCUUGACCUCGAUGGCGAGUGCUACGCGCGGUCGGCCGUUUACCUUCGUCCUCGCCAUAUCGCUCGCGUCGUACCUGUCGCUGUACCCGCUCCUCCUGUUCCCGCCGCUGCUCCUCUUGUGCUACGAUGCCGAAAGCCGACGCGCCAAGCCGGACAAGGCGCCCACGCCGCUGGUCUUCGCGCUUUUCCACACUGCAGAUCUCGUCUUCACGGUUGGGGCGCUGUUGUUCUUGUCGCGUCUGCUCAUGGGUAGCUGGGAGUUUAUUCCCUCGACCUACGGUGUUCACCUUCUGCUACCAGACCUCACGCCGAACGUCGGGCUGUGGUGGUACUUUUUUAUUGAAAUGUUCGACUCGUUCAGAGAGUUUUUCCUGGGCGUCUUCUGGCUUCACAUGUCGGCCUACGUUGGCGGACUGAGUUUCCGCAUCCGCAGCCAACCGCUAUACGUGGUGGUGGCGCUGCUUGGCAUAUUCGCCGUAUUCAUGCCAUACCCCAGCAUCGCCGAGACGGGGCUGUUUUUGAGUCUACUUCCUCUUUACAUUCAUGUCUUUCCACUGACGCGCUACGUCUUCCUCGCAUGCGCAGCGCUGCUGUACGCCAGCUUCUUAGGGCCGGCAUUCUACUACCUCUGGAUCUAUGCUGGUUCCGGCAACGCCAACUUCUUCUAUGCCAUCACGCUGGUGUGGAGUCUCGGGUUGACUCUGAUUGUCGCCGAUGUUACGUUUGCAGUGCUUCGCGAUGAGUGGGAGGCAGAACGGCCGGAGAUGAGGGGCAAGGAGACACAGGUGAGGGUGUUGUUUCAGCACACGUGCGCGGUUGUCAGGGUCCAGGACACGGGCGAGGCCAAGCUUAAAUGGCCCACCCUCCCCGGCUGCACUCUCGACCUUUACCUCAACACCAGCUCUUUGCAACACCUUUCUGUGGCUGCAAUCUCAGCGGACCUGCAACGCUUCUCUGGACACUUCAUCCUAUCCCACUCCAGCUCCAAGCCGGACUCCAACCUCACCUUUCGCACGACCGUGUCUGACAACUUCUCCAACCAGCCACCAGCCGUUCACUCUCAAAUACCAUCGAAUCAUCGCAACCCCACGCGACCACCGACAACAUCCACCAUGGGCGCCCCUAAGAGCAACACGCUCACGCCGCGCGACCUCGAAGUCGCCGGAAAAGUCUGGCAGUGCUUCAAGACGGAGCCGCAGGUCGACUUCAUCAAGCUCGCCCACGUCGCCGGCUUCAAGAACCCGGCCUCCGCCUCCGCCUGCUGGAACCCGAUCAAAAAGAAACUCAUGAUGGCCGGCGGCGCCGGUGCCGGUGACGUCGCCGCGUCCGCCUCCACCCCUCCGUCCGGCUCUCGCAAGCGCAAGGCCCCCGCCGCCGCUGCCGCCAACAGCAACGAUGACGAUGACAACGAUGACGAUGACGAGGAGUCUCCGGCGCCGAAGAAGGUGGUGAAGAAGAAGGCGGCGGCGGUGGCGAAGAAGACGAAGGGGGCGGUGGUGAAGGACGGGAAGAAGGCUGCUCGUCGUGGUGCGAAGAAGGAGGUGGUGGAGGACGAUGACGAUGAGGAGAUGGGCGAUAAUAUCACGGUCAAGGUCGAGAACGAGGGCGCGGAGGAUGCGGACGAUGAGGAGGUCUUGGCUGAGUUGGACAUGUUUGAGAGUGCGAUGGGUGCGGCUCUGGGUGGGGAGGUGUAG